UUGUAUCUCAAAUGUAGGCUUGUAGAUGUGUCCUCCUUGGUUACUGCUAUUCUUACUUUCCACACUCGCUGUAUCAAAGAGGUUGUUGUUGUAUCUCAAAUGUAGGCUUGUAGAUGUGUCCUCCUUGGUUACUGCUAUUCUUACUUUCCACACUCACUGUAUCAAAGACGAUCCGGGUGAUCAUGGUGAACAAUAUGAUGAUGAGGAAGACAGUUGUCGUGAUUCACAUCACGUCUUUGGGACAAUCGUCCAAGAUUAUCUUCAAAAAUUGAGUUGUGCAACCGAGCUAACAAUAGGAAAUUGGUUUAUAGAGGUCAUGUGCAUGUUGCAGUUCAAAGGAGUACAGAUUCCCGAACCGAAAUGCAAAUAUCUAACGCUAGAGGAGUUGCGUUUGGAAAAGUUUAAUUUGUUUGGAGUAGCUGGCCUUUUACGAGCCUUGCAUCAUAUGGAGACACUCUACAUAGACUUUGCUACUGCUAAGAUAACUUUCCUGGAACAUCCUCUCUUCUUACUCUGUUCAUUUUAUGAAGGUUUAACACCCUCUCCCGAGAAAAUACCCGACAUAGUCCCUUAUCUUUGUGAGUAGACUUAAAAUGGCCCCUUGUAUAUAA